CGCGCUUCAAGUUCAUCGAAAACUCGGCCAAGGAACAGUCGUGAAAGACGCUCGGCACCGGUGACUCUCCCACUGCAUUGCAAUGAUAACGAAUGGUGCAGUAAUAGUGGUCGUGCUAUUCAAGUGUUGGCCAAGGGACAGACAGACUGUUAGCGCUGAUGCACAACUUGAACGGCGCUUGCACCAGGCGAUGGAGACGCCAGAGGCACCAAGAGCGGCAGCCAAACUCGAAACAUACGGCUCCCUGCAAGAUCCAGCGAACUGCAGCCUCAUCUUCAACCCUCUGCACACCAUCAACCGGCCUUCGCGGCCUUGGACCAACCCGUCAAAGCCCUCCUCGCCUCGCUCGAUCUGGGCGUGACAUCAGGCGCUGCCACUCUGACACUUCACUUCAUCUAGUCUUGAUGCACACCAGGACUAUCCCUUACAGUGCCCGCGAUGUCUCUCGGCUGCGCUCGCCAGUCACCCAACCCUUCGGCGCCCUUGCACCGACGAACAGAGUAUACAGUCCGUCUGGCACCUGUUCUGCCAGCUCAUCUAUGAUGUUGAGGCUUCCUUUCGGCCGCACAUGAUUGUUUCCGUUACACCACAUCACGGCGUCGAACACGAACGACAGACGUCGGAUGUGGAAAAGUCUCUUUUCCUGUAGCCUGCCAGUGUCUCCUCUGUUUCGCCUCAGGCUCUAGUACCCGCUUUAGUCCUGCAGCUGACUUCCGCUCGAGCCGUCCAUACUCGCCGAAAGACCGCUGGGCACGCAAGGGAACCUGACCGUCCGCGCAUGCAGUCCUAUCAAACGAACCGAAACGUUAGAAGCCAUCAACGGAAAGACUUGAUUAUUAUUACGUGCAGUCAGACUUCCGUGUAAGGUGGGGAAUUCGGUCUGAUCUGCACCAGGAGAAGACGCAAUGAUGGUUUGCUCGGUUCAGGCACAGGCACCGCCACAGGCGCACGCACCGCUGGCCUCAGGUACACUACCUACCUUACUGUACGUUGUACCUCUAGGUAAGAAACGCCUCCUGUGCCUCGCUAACCAUUGGUGUCCUCCAUGUAAUGCGCACGGACGCUUCCCAACCCCCCAUAGGAAAAGUAUCGGGUAACCGUCUUUUGCCAACACCAGUGUUCAGCUGUAUACGUGUAUGUCAUGUCGAUUGGUGGUCUGCUUAGCCGAGCGAGCUUCCAUGUCUAGCAACUGGCACCUAUCACAGGAAUCACGGUCGACGAUCUGUAGGAGAUCUUAUACACCAUAUUCGAAAAGCAUAUAUGAUCAACGGCUCGAUUCGGAUCGACAUAAAGC